CAACGAAUGACUAAAAAGUUGAGAAGUUCUCUUCACUUCAGGACAGCCUCUUGGAAAACGAUGUCCAGGAACAGAUUAUUUGUAGCAGGCUUGUUCGUCCACUUCUUGUGCCUCGGAUGCCGUUCUAAAGAAGAUGGUAGGUACCUUGUGUAUACCAGUGGCGGAGGAGUUUUCAAGUUCAUCAUCGGGUUCGCAGUACCGGUACCAGUACCGAUGAGCCUGAUAUUCGCUCACAACUUCCAGUUCCAAUACAUGGCCAUCGACAACGCCACCGAAUGGACCUACCUCAUGCAGCAAGGAAUCCUUCGAAGCCUCUCGUUCAGCAGACACCAGCUGUUUGCUCACCUCCACGCACUCUCUUCAAGGAUUGGUGGCAAGUCUGACUGUAUUUUGAAAUUUAUUUGUGAAAUAAGCGAAACUCCAAUUGACAGUAGCGGUCUCGUCGGAGAACUUUUGCAGACAAUAUUCACGCCAGAUAUGAAUGAAAACAGUACAUACAUGGCAGCGUGGAAAUCAGGGCAAUCCGAAACAGGAUGUGACCAUUACGAUUGCCCGUACGGCCAAGGGCUUCUUGACUACGUUUCUAUUAUUUAUUAAUUUAAUUAAUAAAUAUAUAAGUAUAUAUAUAAAUAUAUAAGUUGACAGGCGCAAAUACAUUUUUAAGACAAAAAAAAAGAAGUGAUUAAUUCAAAAUCAGAUUCAACGCACAAAACUGUGUAAUGUACAUUUUUAUUGCGAUCCGACAAAUAAUGAGACAAAAUGGAUUAUUAGCAGACUUUCUAAUAAUAAAGAAACAUAUGUGAUACUCAAGUCUUAUUUAUUUAUUUCUUUCUUGUACUAUUUUAAUGGAG